CACAGAUGUACGUACUCUCUUUAUAUUAUUAUUUUUCAUAGACAUGUAAUACAAGCAAAUCCUUACUUCUGUAAAGUAAAUCGAUAAGACUCUCAAACUAAAUAAACUAACUCAGCUUGAUAAUACACAAUCAGACGUUAUCAGAAUUAGUCAGAUCGCACGAUCAUUCCAUGCAUGCUCAUAUUAGCUACCAAACGUUCGUCACUCGGUGUUGUUAGCGUGUGCUCACGGGAGAAAGACUCUAUCUUCUUUGCAUCAUCUUAAAAUUGCUUUUUUGGGGAUAUAUUUCAUCGCGUUGUUGACGCCAUUACUAUCCUCACUUUAAACCGCAACCGCUCAGUAAUUCGUUUUCUUUUUUUCUUACGUAUUCGUUCCUUCAAUUCCUUUUCGCAAAUGGCUAAUGCAUAGCCACAGUAUCAAAGGGCAUUUUUUUACUCGGGUUUUGUUACCAGCGGUUUGGAAAUUAGAAUCAUUAAUCAGAUUACUCAUGCCAUCUUUAGCAUAACAAACGACCGGUUCUCCGAUGUGACCCUCGAACCUAGAGCGUUACGGUGCCUUGCGGUACAGCUCACGUUGCUAAAGCAGCGCACCGUAAAUUGCUACGUUUACUACUCAUAAUCAGUCCGGGUUUCGGAACAAAUAAAGGUCCUGUGCUGUAGCAUCUGAGACACACAGGAUAAAGGCGGACUUGGGCAAAACUUUUUUGUAAUAUACUCAACUAUACUAAAUCUCAUCUGCAUCUGCAUGCAACACACAUAUGUCAUCUCUGGCUCACCCUUGCCCGUCUCAAUUAGGAACUGAUACACGGGGCCAUUUCUGGCAGUUUCUUCACAUGAUGUUCAAGAGCAAAAAACUGACCCCGUGCUUGCUGUCACACGCCGUAGAGUCAUGCUCCAUGAUCAAGGCAAAAUGGCGCACCAAGGUCAAAGGUUAGGCCCACACGGAGCUUGUCGUCAAGCCGCUGGUGUUUGCAGCGACCAGGUUCACAUCCAGUUUUGCGAUGUGUGAUGGUGAUGAUGGCUGCCGAAACGUCCCAUCCCAUCCCACCCCUCCCCGCCGUCCUACCAUUAGGUGGUUCGAGGUUGGGUUCAGCUUAAGCUAAAUAAGUUUAGCACAGGCGGGGAGAUAAGGCGCACGAAAUAAGGUGCAAAGUACUAAUUAUCUAAAUGAAGCUAUAUGCCAAAAGGUGUUCAGUUGGUGUGCGUGUGAGCGUAUGGGUUGAGGCUAGAUUUCGCACUGUAUAAUUACUACCUCGCUCACUUUCCCAGCAAUUCCCUGGUCUUAUAGAGGGCAACCGAUAAGACGGUUGCCGGUCGGUGUAUACACGUCAAUAUUUAAAACCCUGUAUCGUAUAAAAAGCACACACGACACGACGAACCUCCACUGUAAGGUAUGGACAUGUACGCGCGUAUUUAAGAAGCUCGCAAAUAUUUUUGACUAAAAUCAGGCCGCCACUAGUUUCGUCUAGGGAACUCUCGUCCGUUCCACUGCUGUGGUGCCGUGAAAGUGUGUAGUUGUGACCCUCUCUUCAGCGUUCAGCGAUAAGCCGGGAUAGCCCAGUGACGUCAGUGGCAUUCUAUCAACCAUCGUAUCUUCAUCUCAUCUGCAGCGAAUACCCCUGUGUACGCUAGUCAGCGCUGUACGGUAUACGAACUGUAUCGUGCAUACGCAUACAGCUCCACCGCUGUGAGUCGCCUUGGCGCAGUAUAGUCAAGAGAGCUCAUCAACCUGAUCGCAAUCACUCGUUCCCGUUCUCGCGCUCACACUCAGUACCCUCUGUGUCGGUACGUACAAGCUUAGGGUAGUGUGUGUGUGCGUCUACGAGCGUGUGCUAUCUUGCUCUGUCCGGCUAGCUGGAACCGCGGUGCGGUUCGUCAAGUGCCUAACGUUCACGCAGCAAGUGGGUAGAACGAUCGUUUGGGUUCCCUCGGUUCGUUCAUUCCUUCGCUCGCAAUCAUCCGAUACGGUGUGCAGUCAACUCUGAGGACCCAUUUGCGCUUACACGGUGGCAAGCGCAAUUUUAUUCGUUCGUUACGUGUCUUCUAACUCUCUAGUGCAUCUUCGUUCCCAACGUUACGAACAGUGUGUAGUUUUCGCUUUUAGUGUGGUGCGUAAACUGUGUAGUAGCGAUUCCUUUACUGCUUUCAAGCUGCGUAAAAAGAAAUCACAUACUUCGUGCAACAUGUCGUCCAAAGUGCAGGAAAAUGGCAGUGCCACCACCAACACCUCCGCACCAACCAACACGGACACUGCGGUAUCGAACAACAGUGCCCUUCUGCCACACCUCGAAUCGCUCGACCGAAUGCUCAAGCUACCGGUUGUAGAUGCGACCUGGCAGCAAACCCAGAACGUGUACGGCCGCGUGAAAGACUAUAAUCCUCUGUUGACGUGGGCACUAGGAACAGCUGAAGAUGUCGUAUGCCGGGCUGUUACCAUUUCCGCGCCACUCGUACAGAAACUCGAUCGCCCGUUGCAGCUGGUGGACCAGACGUUGGUCAAAGGUAUCGACAAACUGGAGGUGAACGCACCGAUCAUCAAGGAGCAACCGGCCGAAAUUUACCAGCAGGCACGUAGCAAGGUCAUCGAAACGGUGAAACCACACAUCGAGAAGGUGUGCGAGUUGCGUUCCGCAUCCCAGCAGCGUGCCGCAUCCUUGAAGGAUUUGUCGUGGCGCAAAGCGAAUGAAGUGCUGGCCACGCAGUACGGUAGCCUGGCAGUGAACGGUGUCGACACGACGGCUCAGUUGGCCGAGCGUCUGCUCGAUUAUUACUUCCCCAAGUCGGAUUCGGAUGCGGAUGACGAUAAUGUCCCCAUCUCUGCGAAGGAUGAUCCGGUGCUACACACGGUGCAAACGGUUGGUCGUCUAUCAAACAAGGUUGCCCGUCGCGUCUACCGUACCGUGUCCACGCAGGUGAAGUCUCUCCGAAAGGAGGACGUUCGCGACUACGUUGCGACCCUUAUUGCCGUGCUGCGCCUCACCCAGUACCUGAACUUUAUCAACGAAAAGCGACAGGCGGUGGAGGGCAGCACCAAGGAUGUAACGCCCAGCACACCUAAUACCGUCACCCCUGUAACCAACACCGCCAGCACCUCUGAUGUGGUUGCCACCACGAAGAGCAGUAAAACUUUGGAGCAAAAGCAAAACUAGAUCGCAAAAUCAUUGAUCGAUAGUGAUCGAGAUGGAAAACCGGGGUAAGGGAAGUGAGGAUUGGGUGUGGGAAGUGAGGAACGGGGGGGGGGGGGGGGAAUGGAUAAUCGGAUUAUGGAACCUAGGAUGUUUCGACAACUCUCUCCCCAAUAUGCACUCACACACGCCAUUACAUACACUCAGGCACACACACGCAGAUUCUUGGUAAACGUAGAACUAGUUGCAUGUAAGAAAGGGAAAAGAGACAAAGUCCUUAGCAUUGACGCUACAACAUAAUUCUAUUCCAUUAGCAUUUCCACCACAACAGAAACAAAGAAAAAAAACGCGUAUGACAGUAUCGUAUUAAACUGGGAAAGCUGUUCGCUACAGCGAAGGAUAAACCGAGAGAGCACAAACGAUUGCACGACCUUUUCAACCGUAGUGUCAUCGAAUCAGCGGUCACGCAUAGCUAGAGUGGAAUGCUACGGGGUGUGGAGAGUUGUGUGGGCAGAUGUUAUAAGUGUCACGAUGGUGUGAUGGAUAUUUAGAAAAAUAAGCCUCGCACCGGAAGCAGAUAGUACAGCACAGGAAUGGAAUCCGCUCUGAAAACAAAUGGAAGCUAGUCUUCUGGUCUCUCUAACAACCUCUCCCGCCCCUCCAAUUGUUUCCAGGGUAUAUAUAUGUGUGUAAAUAUGGGUAUGUAUUGGCGUGUGAAUUUGAGAGUGUGAGCCAAUCCAAUCGCUAGCUUUCGACUUUAUACAAAUUAUUCGAUAAUAAGCUUUAUCUGCGCACAUGCCACCGUGUGCGCUUGGCGUCUUUAUAGGUUUAUAUGUGAUGAUAUAUGUAUUUGUAGACAUAUGCAUGUAUACUAUGUUUUCAUUGUUUCUAUCAUUUUUUUGUUUAUAAAAAAACAUGUUAAUAAAACUAAUGUGAUUUAA